AUGAUUGUACACUUCAUCAAAGAAAAUUUACCACAGCGAAUGUAUCGUCUGCUUUUCUUUGCUAUUCUGCUUUUCUACAUUAGGGUAGCUUUGGAAUAUGCUGCACUUUUAAUAAAGAGAUAUGCUGGAUAUACCAUAGAGGAUGCUAUCAACAAACAUGGAAUUGCCAUUAUAAUAUCAAUUUACAGUCUUUUUUUCACUUUUUAUCUUAAUAUACCAGUUAUUUUAUUCAACUUCCUAGGACUAUUUCUUUACAACCCUUUUGACAGAAGAGUUGAGCGUAAUGAAAAUUUUGAUCGAGUUCCAUUUAUUUGUUUUCGAGUGGUGACACGUGGACUGUAUCUAAAGCUUGUCACUGAUAUCACCGAGAAAAAUAUAGAAACUUGUAAAAAUGUUGGACUUAAAAACUUUAGAUUUGAAAUAGUUUCUGACAGUGCGUUGAAUCUUCCGCUUUCAAAUUUUGUGCGAGAAGUAAUCGUGCCAAAUGACUAUAACACGCCAAAUGGCACAUUGUUUAAAGCACGGGCACUGCAUUACUGCCUUGAUAAAAACGUCAACAUCCUAUCACGUGACGACUGGAUUGUUCAUCUGGAUGAAGAGACACUUUUGUCGGAAACCGUUUUAAACGGAAUAUCAAAUUUCGUUUCCAACCCAAAUUCGAAUAUCGGUCAAGGAAUUAUAUCUUAUGCCGAAUGUGGUGUGGAAAACUGGUUAACGACGCUAAUGGAAGGACAAAGAGAAGCUGCAGAUUAUGGAUUAUAUCGGUUGGCUUUCCAGUUUCUUCACAGACCUGUGUUUGGGUUUCAUGGUUCAUUCAUGGUCAUUAAAGCAGGAAUAGAAGAAAAAAUAGGAUUCGAUUUUGGACCGAAAGAAUGUAUAGCAGAAGACCUUCGUUUUGCCUUAGCCGCUUGGCAUCGUGGAUACAGAUUUGACUUUGUUAAAGGGGUCAUGAAAGAAAAUGGCACCUUUUCAAUAACUGAUUUCGUUAAACAACGGAGACGUUGGUUUGUAGGACACUUUCAGAUUAUAUGGGAAACUUCAAUACCAUUGUAUUGUAAAUGGGCUCUCAUGCCAAUGCAUGUAGAUAACAGAUCUCCAGAUCAAGCUUUAGGUUGCCUUGGUCUUGGUGGUGGUUUGAGAAAGGUUGAAAGUGCUUGA